AUGAACUUUUCAGGUGGUAAUUACGUGGCCCUGACGCGGUUUCCCGUUGCCGUGGCAGCAAGCCGCUUGGGUAACCGCGGCUGGAUGUUCACCCUCCGCUUUCACAAGCGGCGUUUGAUUUCCCAGCAGCCCGAGCCGCGGGGGCGCGCCGCAUUGAGGCCGCGUGAGAAGAUGGCGCGUUUGUCAAUAAAUCGUGCGGCGGGACGGGGAUUUGCCGUGUUCUGGUUACGGUACACGGCCGCGUUUGCGUCACGGAGGAUCGCGGCCGCGGUGACGGAAGACGCGGUCGGCCCCCGACCUUGUCUAAUACGAUAUCGUGUAAUACGAUAUCGUGUGCAAUAUGUAAUACGAUAUCGUGUGCAAUAUGUAAUACGAUAUCGUGUGCGUGUGCAAUAUGUAAUACGAUAUCUUGUGCAAUAUGUAAUACGAUAUCGUGUGCAAUAUGUAAUACGAUAUCGUGUGCAUAUAUAUGUAAUACGAUAUCGUGUGCAAUAUGUAAUACGAUAUCGUGUGCAAUAUAUAAUACGAUAUCGUGUGCAAUAUGUAAUACGAUAUCGUGUGCAAUAUGUAAUACGAUAUCGUGCGCAAUAUGUAAUACGAUAUCGUGCGCAAUAUGUAAUACGAUAUCGUGUGUAAUAUGUAAUACGAUAUCGUGUGCAAUAUAUAAUACGAUAUCGUGUGCAAUAUGUAAUACGAUAUCGUGCGCAAUAUGUAAUACGAUAUCGUGCGCAAUAUGUAAUACGAUAUCGUGCGCAAUAUGUAAUACGAUAUCGUGUGCAAUAUGUAAUACGAUAUCGUGUGCUCGUGCAAUAUGUAAUACGAUAUCGUGUGCAAUAUAUAAUACGAUAUCGUGUGCAAUAUGUAAUACGAUAUCGUGUGCAAUAUGUAAUACGAUAUCGUGCGCAAUAUGUAAUACGAUAUCGUGCGCAAUAUGUAAUACGAUAUCGUGUGUAAUAUGUAAUACGAUAUCGUGUGCAAUAUAUAAUACGAUAUCGUGUGCAAUAUGUAAUACGAUAUCGUGCGCAAUAUGUAAUACGAUAUCGUGCGCAAUAUGUAAUACGAUAUCGUGCGCAAUAUGUAAUACGAUAUCGUGCGCAAUAUGUAAUACGAUAUCGUGUGCAAUAUCCAUAAUCACCGAAAAGAGAUUUUGAGAGCAACAGAGUCCAAAAACCACAAACUGAUGGUGAUUGCUAGCGUUUGAGGGUUUUCAAAUCCUUACCCUCGCUUGAAACCCUUCAAACUAAUGUUCAAAAUCCUAAACAAGACUUGGAAACCUGUACCCCAAUUUGAUACCUUAAUUUCAAACCCUAACCUUUGUUUAAAAGCCCAACAUGGGCUCGGAACGGUACUUUAAAACCCCAACUCAGGUUUCAAACCCUAUUUUGAAGCCCUAGCGCAGGCUUUAAACUCUUAGUUCCAAAUGCUAACCUUUGUUUAAAACUCGAACCCCCUGGCUUGAAACCCUACUUUCAAACCCUAACUCUGUUUUGAGACCCCUAACCUGGCUUCAAACGCCGAUUAACAACCUUAACCUUUGUUCAAAACCCUAAACCCUGGCUUAAAACCCUACUCGGAAACUCUAACCCUACCCUGAAAGCCGCAUUGGAAAACUCUUUGAAACCCUACUUCACAAAGGAGCACGUAUACACAUAUUGCGAUGGUGCGCAGCUGUUGGGGCCAAACAUCCAUCUUGCACAGGAAGCCAUCGGUCAAACGAAACCAAUGACUCCGUUGUUCUUGUUUUGUUGACCGUGACGCUGUCUCACCGCAGGCAAACACGCACACACACUGACAAACACGCGCCGCGUGUGUCGGUCGUCACCGGCGGUGCAAAGUAACAAAGUACAAAUACUUGGCUGGUGUACUCAAGUCGAUAUUUCAGUCGACUUUCAAGCGGCCGGACUUAACGUCGUCUUCCAUCAUUAACGUCGUCUUUUCAUCAGGCAAGGGGAAGAAUUCAGCUCGCAGAAAUGGGAGCCAAAGAAGCGAAAAUGGCAUCAAGUGUGUUUGACACAGAUGAGGAAUGUCGGGCGCUCCCGCGACAGCUUGCGGGAUUUAUUGCGCCUGUUCGGCGGUCCUCCGGAGGGCUGAUCAAAUCAGGAAGUUAGAAGAUAGCGUGCCACACAUCAGCCUUGAUCCCAUAAAUCAUGCGUCAGACUGAAGGAUGAGGGUCCGCGCCAGUCGGGACCUUCACGUGCUCGUAAAUUACACGCUUGUUAUAAAUAAACCAGGAAAAGGGGCCCGGAACAUUUCAGGAGUUACUGUAUUCUCUGGGUCCAGACUCCAGACAUCGUUGACUCCCUGCACUGAUGGCCUUGUGCGCUCUCUGUGGUGGUGAAGUUGACAUCGCACCCCCGCUAUCGUUUUUUUUUUUUUGCGGGGGUUACGUUUAACAGGCAACUUUGAAUUUAGAGUUGCAUGCCUCCGUUGUUGCGCCACAACUUAACUGUAAUGGAGAUGACCCCCAACUGGAAGGAGAGGGGCGCGAGGGCUCAAAUUGUAUUUUGAUUUUAAAGUCUGUGUAGAGUCUCCGUGAAACAGGUCUUGGUAUUCCGCAAAGGUUGUAUCGAUGCAACUGGACUGCUUUUGUUUGUUGAAGGCGUUUCCCCUUUAAUCCAAAAGGCUUCUUCAGUUCUAAAUUUGUGGUAUGGAGUCUGUCUAUUUAUGCCUCGGUGGGUUUGGUAUUCACUCGUCUUGUGGCGCAGCAGCUCACCGGGGCAACCCGAUCUCCGGGGAGAGAUGUCAGGAGGCGAUGUUAUUGGCAUGCCUCAAACCUUCUCUUCUCUUCAGAUACGACAUCGCGAGUUUGACGCCGAUGGCUU